AUCGGCUCGGUUGGACUAGAUUUUGGAGACGACGUAUAUCACCGCACAGCUGAGCUGGGCUACUGGAUCGGCGAGGAGUACUGGGGCAAGGGAAUCAUGUCCAUUGUUGUGCCCGCCUUCGUUCGUUGGGCCUGGAAGACUUUUGGCAUCUUGAUCAGGAUCAAUGCAGAAGCGAACGAGGGAAAUCUCGGUAGUAUCCGGACGCUCGUGAAGGCAGGUUUCGCUUACGAAGGGAAGAGAAUCAAUGCUAUCGUGAAGAUGGGCGAGGUUCUCAGCGUUGUGUGGUAUGGCGCGUUGCGGCCAGUCGAUUGA